CCGAAAGUAGGGAUUGUUAGCGUGAAUUUCACCUUUUUUUUGUUUGUUUUUGUUUUGUUUUAUACUUCACCAACGGCAACCAUUGUUCAUCUGAAAUCCAUUACGGCAAUCACACUCAAUCUACUGCACCAACGGCAACCAAGACCGAUUAAAUCCCCAAAAAACAACGAUUGAAUUUGAGCGGGCUUUUCAGUGGUUAGCUGAUGUGUAGUUCUUGGAAGCUAGAAUGGUUGGCUGUGCUGAUAUGGGUUUUAGGGUUGGCUAUUGGGGAUGCUUUUAAGGUGCCGUUUAGAGUGAGUGAUGUUCUUCCGGUAUUACCCCAUCGAAUUUCAUGGCCGGUCCUUCACAAUUUCCACAGUGCUGUGGAUUUGAUGCCCACCUUUGUCGGGUCGCUUUCUCCAAACAACGGGUCUAUACGGUGGAAAGGCUCCUGUUUUUUGGACAAUGAAGCCAGGGUUGACUUCACUGACUCCGGUGACCGUGGCAUCGGUGGCGCCACAGUCUAUCUUUCGACUGCAGCAGCACACAGCUGGACGUGUAUGGAUCUAUAUGUAUUUGCUACUCCUUACCGGAUAACCUGGGAUUACUAUUUUGAAUCCCGAGAACACACACUCGUGCUUCAAUCAUGGGAGGACCCUGCAGAGAUGGAAUAUGUCAAACAACAUGGGAUCUCUGUAUUUCUCAUGCCUUCAGGGAUGCUUGGAACUUUGCUUUCCAUGAUGGAUGUAUUGCCUCUAUUUUCCAACACUGCUUGGGGUCAAAAUGCCAACUUAGCUUUUUUGAAGAAACAUAUGGGAGCGACAUUUGAAAAGCGUCCUCAUCCAUGGCAGGCUAUGAUUAACCCGGACGACAUUCACUCAGGUGAUUUCAUUGCCAUCUCAAAAAUCCGUGGCCGGUGGGGUGGUUUUGAAACACUUGAGAAAUGGGUAACUGGAGCAUUUGCGGGUCAUACAGCAGUUUGUUUGAAAGAUGAGUAUGGCAAACUUUGGGUUGGUGAAUCAGGAUAUGAAAAUGAAAAGGGUGAAGAGAUAAUUGCAAUCACUCCAUGGGAUGAAUGGUGGGAAUUUACCCUCAAGGACAGUUCAAACCCGCAAGUAGCAUUAUUACCACUACACCCAGAAGUGCGUGCUAGAUUCAAUUCCACUGCAGCAUGGGGUUAUGUUCGAAGAAUGUCGGGAAAACCAUAUGGUUACCAUAAUAUGAUAUUUAGUUGGAUUGACACUGUCACUGAUAACUACCCUCCUCCCCUUGAUGCUCACUUGGUGAUCUCUGUCAUGUCUAUGUGGACUAGAAUGCAGCCAGCAUAUGCUGCAAAUAUGUGGAAUGAGGCAUUGAACAAGAGGCUUGGAACUGAGGAUCUAGACUUGUAUGAAAUUCUUGCCGAGACUGAAAGACGUGGUAUAACCUUUGAUCAAUUGCUUACCAUUCCAGAACAGGAUGACUGGGUGUAUAGCGAUGGGAAAUCGACCACCUGUGUUGCCUUCAUUCUGGCAAUGUAUAAAGAAGCUGGAGUGUUUGGCUCUAUCUCUGACUCCAUUCAAGUAACUGAGUUCACUAUUAGGGAUGCCUACAUGCUGAAAAUUUAUGAGAAUAACCAAACACGUCUUCCCAGCUGGUGCAACCGUGGAGAUGAUAAGCUCCCCUUCUGCCAGAUUCUCGGGGAGUAUUGGAUGGAACUUCCACAGUACAACACAUUAGAGCCAUAUGCCAACAUGAAUGAGAACUGCCCUUCUUUACCCCCAAUUUAUGACAGGCCUCUCCGUUGCUAAUAAAUGUAAUCUCCCUCCCUCUCACCCUCUCACUAAAAAAAUGUGGUUUUUGUGCUUGUUAGAUUUCACCAAACGCUUGUUUGGUUGGUUUUCCACGCCUGUACAUAAGUGUAAUUAAUCAGAUUAAUAGAAAUGGUCCUUGUGAAAGACGACGGUGGUCGGUGUACUUGGGUUGUCAACAAUAAUAAGUGAAUGCAGUGGAAUUUGUGUCAUUUGCUAAGCAGAUUAUGAGCCCCUUGGUCGGAG